CAAACACACACACACCCACACACACACGUUGCCUCCAACGGAGUACAAGGGUUUCUUUAUUUUCUUAUCUUGGAAAAUUGAAGAACGUAUUUUUCCUCCUCAAUCUUAAAGGCUUGUUCUCUUUUUCCGGACACCUGAGCACAUGGAUAAUGAUUCAUUCACAGAUUUUAUCCCAGUUGAUGAAAACUCUACUGAUAUCAGCAAUGAGACAAUUAUAAAGCCCGAGUGUGAGAACUAUGACCAGAAUUUUCUGAAUGUCACUCUGAUACCCGCUGCGGUAAUUAUACUACUGUUGGCACUUGUAGAGCGCAGAAAGAGGACUUGCGCCUGUGAGAGGAAAGUGCCAUGUCUAAGUGGCCGGUUUGGAGUCGUGGUACCUGUGGACUUUACGAGCACAACGGACACCCGGUGGUUCUUCGCCUUAGUUUUUGGUUCUGUGGUCCAAAACAUGGUCAGUCUGAUCUUGGGCAUCACCAACCCACUUCCCUUUACACUGCCAUCUUAUCUAUCAGUAUUUGUGUACAUGUUGGCAGCACUGAAGGUGGGCAUCGCCUGUAUGCCAUUAUUUGCCUGCCUAUCAACACCACAUCAACUGCUGGGAGGAGUUCUGGGCCUGCUGUAUUCAAUCUUCUGGUUCAUUGUGCAGUUGCUUGAGUUACUCUGGUGCAGUAACUCAACAGCAGACAAAGGUGGUUUAAAAGCCUUUUUCCAAGACUAUGAGUGGUUACUAGAUGUCCCACAGUUACUGUGUUUGGGGCUGCUGAUGUGUCGGUUUGGAUUUCAGAUGGUGAAGGAUGUUCUGAUCCGCCUAAAGAAACUUAAACGACAGGAGGAAGUGAAGAAGGAGCAGUUAGAUUAUGUAAAGAGAUUAUUGCGACGGCCGUCUGAGAGGUCUGUGCAGAAGAGUUGGUUCCAAAGGAAAGUGUAUGAAUGGGAUCCGUACUUUAAAUUCCCCAACAGGAUGAUCACCACCGUCGUGCUCUCAUUCUUCAGUUUGUACUUGAUGGUGCUAUUGGAGCAGGUCAUUACUUUUUACUUCGUCACUCUCUCAUCUGAACUGUAUGACGAAUACCUCAGUGUCCUUCUCAACCAAACUGUCUUCAUCCAACACCUGAACUAUGCCAAGUACACCUGGUACGUGUCCUCCGGCUGUGGCACAUUUUCAUCUGUGAUCCACAUUAUCCUUGUGUUGGUUUUUUACAGGAAGCACAUCAAAUCAGUGUGGGCCGGAGAGAAAAAAUACUUACCGCGGAAGUAUAACCCGACUCCUGCUGUUAGUUUGUGUGGGCUUUUAAAGUACCCUGGCUUUCAGAUUGCCUUCACGCUGUGGGGUUACUUGCUCGUACAUUUGGCGAUGUUUGUCGGUGGCAUGGCGUUUGUGUAUUUGGUUAUAUACCCCAUACAGACUAAAGGGUUUCUUCCCUGGCUGAUUAACCUGAUGAUCGUUAUGGCGAAUUUCUUCAUUAUGCUGGUUGUAAUGACGCUUCAGCGCCUUUUCAUCCACAUAUUUUUCCUGCAAGAUAAAAAAUCUCCCCUGGAUAAAGAAAAGCCGUUAGCACUAGACAACAGGAAGAUCUUCCACAACCUCAACUACUUCCUCUUCUUCUUUAACAUGAUCUUGGGCUUAAUGAGCUGCGUGAUGCGCGUACUCAAAAGUGCCGUCGUGGGGUUGAUGUUACUUCCGCGUAUCGAAAGAGCAUUAAUGCCACAGGGCUUCCAGAAAUUUGACGCAAGUUACUGUACCUGGGUGGGAAUGAUCAUAGCAGAUCAUCAUCACAGUAAUCCAGUUCUGAUCUGUUUUUGUCACCUGCUGCAAAAACACUCACUGCAGUGUGAUCCAGCAGACGAGACUUUAAAAAACUCAGAGCCUCCUGUGCAAUUGAGAGUGCGCACUCGCUGGCUUCUCAUGUACACCCUAGUGAGGAACCCUAAACUCAUCACGAUGAGAAAGAAAACUGAGAAGAAUGAAAAAGACGCUGAUUUAACUUUUGCAAUGGCCGUCUUGAAUACAUCAUAAUCACAGGCCAUUUAAUCAUGUGAAGAAAGUUCUUACACAUACACUCAGUUUUAUUAAUAUUGAAACAAUUUAACUUUUUGUCAUUUGGCCUCUGUACACCACACUGAACACACACAUUAAUGGUGGCUCAUAAUGAAUUGAAGAAAUGCAACCUGGUGGGCGGGGCCUGUUCCCUUGUUACUCCAUGACUAAUCAAGCAGAUACAAGGCCUUGAGGUGGUUCUAAGUGAUGCAUUUGGUAGCUGUUCAAUCAACAUGAGGUCUAAAGAAGUAUUUAAGCAAGUGAAGCAGGCCUUCAUUAGGACUCAUCCUGAGUCUACAAUCAAAGAACUUUAAAAGGCUUUGGAAAGUAAAUACAGAUGCUUUACAGCAAGAUGCAAACUACUGGUAAUGCUCAAGAAGCAAAAUGCGAGAUGAGACUUUGCCAGAAAACACUUAAAAAACCUUCCCAGUUCUAGAUAAAAUCAAAAUGAUCUUAUAUCAGAAUGGUGGGAAGAAAAAAGUAUGGAGAAGAAAACAACAGCUCAUGAUCCAAAGAUCUGUCAAACAUGUUGGAGGCAGUGCUAUAUCAUAUAGGGAUGCCCAUAAGACUGGGUUACUGAUGUUUAUUGAUGACCUUCAGCUAUACAAUUAGGUUACAUUCAGAUCAGAUAUGCUCAGAUUUGGCCAAAUGCUACAAAAAUGACAAAGGAAUAAAGACCAAAAACAUGAAAUGAAAGCUACCUACUGUAAGAGUUUACAAAGGCAAAGAAAUGUAACAUUUUUGACUGGCCAAGUCAGUCACCUGGUCUCAACCCAAUAGAGCAUGCCUUUCACUUACAAAAGACAAGACUGAAGACAUUAAGGGCCUGGGAAAGCACCUUCAGGAAGGAAACUCAGCAUUUGGUCAUGUCCAUGUGUUCAAGACUUUCAUACAAACAUUAAAGGCAAUAUUUGUGUUUGCAAUAAUGUUUUUUUUUUGUUGCAUUAUUUAUGAGCCACCAAAAUGGGGUGUAAAUAUGAAAAUGGCUGUAAUUUCUAAAAAAGGGUAAUGCUACACUUUUUUUAAACCACUUAAAAUAAAUCUGAAAUUCUUGACUUGUUCACAUCUUGAGUGUUUAAUUUUAAAUUCAAUGUGGUGCUCUACAAAGGCCAAAUGCCACAAAACUGUUCCAAUAUUUCUGAACUGUAUCCUGAUCAGCCUUAACAUUAAAGCCACUGAUAGGUUAACAUUAAUGAUCUCAUUACAGUGGAACCUGUCUGUGCUGGGAUAUAUUAGACAGCAAGUGAACUGUCACACUUUAAAGGUGUUGUGCUGGAAUGUGUUCAAAACUUUAGCUCUUGUGUAAUGUUCUCAGGCUGCAGGGGUCAGGAUCUACCAAAAGUUCUGAAAGAAAAGACAACUGUUGAACCAGUGAAAAGGUCAUGGCAGGUCAAGGCUCAUAGUUGCACAUGGGGACUGAAGGUUGGACUGGAGAGUCUGCAAUAGAAGAGUUAUUGUAGUGCUGACUACUGGAAAAAAGUGAAUGCUGGUUCCAAUAGAAUGGAGUCAGAACACACAAUACAUUGCAGUUUGUUGCAUAUGGGGCUACACAGCUGAAGAUCAUUCGGGGGGCUUAUGUUGGCCUGUGUCCACGACCUAAAGCUUCUGCAAAACUGUCAUGUGAGCAUUAGAGUUGGACCACUGAGCAACAGAAUAAGGAGGUAUGGCCUUAAGAAGCACAUAUUUUACAUCAUAAGGAUGGCUGGGUACAUGUGCUUCACUUACCUGGGGAAGAAAUGGCACCAAGAUGCAGUUUGGGACGCAAACAAGCUGGUGGAGAAAGUGUGUUGCUCUGGGUAAUAUUUUUCUGGGAACUGUUGGGUCCUGUCAUUCAUGUGAAUGUUACUGUACCACAAACAGUGGUCUCUGAAGGCAGUGGCCUCUUGCCAUUACAAGGUUAAGAUUGGUUUGAGGAACUUGACAAAGAGUUCAAAGGGUUGUCUUACCUUUCAAUUCUCCAGAUCUCAAUUUAAUCAUGAGUUUUUGGAUGUGCUAGAAAAACAAGUCAGUCAGAUCCACGGAAGGUCCACCUUACAACUUAAGGACUUAAAAGAUGUACAGUACUAUUAAUGGUUUGGUGCCAGAUACUACAGGUAACGUUCAGAGGUAUAUUGGAGCCCUUUAUAAUUGUUUAGGAGGCACAAGACGAGCAACAUAAUAUUAGACAGGUGGUUUUAGUGUUAUGGCUGAUUGGUGUGUGUGUGUGUGUGUGUGUGUGUGUGUGUGUGUGUGUGUGUGUGUCUGUGUGUGUGUCUAUUAAACUUAGUCUAUUAAAUUUUAGUUUCUUUUUUUAUCAUAUACCUUGUGCUAAUGUAGUUUCUGUCUAUAAGGACCACACUGCCAUGAACAUGGUCCUGGGUUUUGAAAGAAAUUGUUGAGAAGAGUAGUUCAUAUGUGGUAUGUGUGGUAAAUAUAGACCCCCUGAUGUUUACUGAAGCUUUUCUAAGCACAUUUUGAUCAAUGAGACUCCUGGGUUUACAUUGUUGUAUUGGAAACUAUAAUUAUAUAUUAUUAAAGUUAUUUAUGAUUACUUUGUCAUUGCUUAUUAUCCACUAUAUGUUUAAAGAUUCUUAAGUUUGUAUGCUGACUAUGUUAUUGAUUUUAGUGCAGUAGUGAUCUGCACACCAGUGCACAAAGCAAGGUUGAUAGAGACAUGGAUGAUGGAGUUUGGUGUGGACGAACUUGCCCGGCCUGCGCAGAAUGUUGACCAUAACUCGAUAGAAGACCUUUGAGAUGAAUUAGAGCAGAGACUGUAAGCCAGGACUUCUCGUCAAACAUCAAUGUCUGACCUGACCAAAGCGCCCCGAAAGAAUGGUGAAGAACUCCCAUAAACUCCUAAACCUUGUGGAAAGCUUCAUAUUAAACCUAAUGGAUUGAGAAUAGGAUGUUACUCAAGUUCAUAUGUAUGUGAACUUACUGUAUAAAUAACUAUGGCAAUAUACAGUAAUUAUCUAUAGGUUAAGCUUGAGUCACAGGCACAGAAAUUCCUUUGGUAUUGGAGAGGAUGUGAUGGAGAGCUGAAGGUAAAAAAGGGAGAAAACCAAUGUCUAUUCAAUAGCUCUUGAGAGUUCAAUAAAAACAC